CAAUAUUUAGUUUUCUCGACAGGUAGCGACUUCACACUAGUCCUGUGUGUGUAUGGAUGUUAUGUGCUGCAAAACAGAUUAACAGGGAAAGACUGUGCCAUGCAAAUCUAAUUCAUGGCAGUAGAUUCGCGAGUAUAACCUUCACCAUGUCGAAGGAGGGAGAGGAGGAGGUCCCAGACAUUUCUCCCGUCUUGUUCCUGGACACAAGUGGACAAUCAAUGCGCUUCUAUGUGAGACCCGGUCCAACUAAGACUCAGCUUUACCCUCUGGUGACUAACGGAGGAGGCACUUUGUGUCGCAAUCAAGAGCCCGGAGCUAUUUUGCUGAUCGACCCCGGAGACGCGACCACCGUCACGGCGAGCUCCGGGCAAAAGUACAUCUCUACGAGAUACGUCACAGACUGUGUAGAGCAGAAGCUGCAGCUGAAUCUGGACGACUAUGAGAUUAGCGUGGGACCGACUGUCCAGACGAGCGUGGCGGGCCGUCAUCAGGGCAGUGGGCGCUUGGGUUACUCGCCUGAAGAUGAUGAAGCCAUCUUGAAGUUCAUGGAAAAGCGGCAAGAUGAAGCCAAAGGCAACCUGGUUUGGAAAGAAAUGGAGAAACGGCGCGUGACUGAACACAGCUGGCAGUCCAUGAGGAACCGGUUUCUAAAGCACCUCCAGCAUCAACUCGUGAAGAAGAGUCCCACGAAAAGAAAACCACUGUGUUUCACGCAAAGCCCUUUGCGGAAGAAGAACGUCACUGAGAACUCCAAGCCUGAGACCGAUACCUUACAAGACUCUCCUCAGAAGUCUGUCGCUGAUUCUCACGCCUCAGAAAACAGCGUGUGUCCAGCUGUGAGGACCGACCCGCGGCCUUCUCCAGAGAGAGCCAGUUCUCCUCCAGAUGCUGCAGGAGAGCCGCCGCAGGCCUCAAGCCGUGACAGUCAGGACGAGUCUCCCGUCCCGGGCCGAGAACAAGACACACCAGAGCCUGAAGUGUCCAAAACAUCUGGAUUAGAUGAAGACUUUCCAGAUGGACCAACUGAACAAUCAUCUUUCAACAAAACAAGACAAACGUCCUGUGAAGCCUCCUCUCCUGAUUCUAGAAAACUUGCAAAGGAUAGUUGUCCGGUGUUUCAGAUUAGAAAAGUGGAGAAGCCUCCAAGGCGUACGUCACUGACUCGUGUGUUUCCACAGAUGGAUGAAAGUGAAGAAGCAGAAGAAGUGCCGGUCAUGAAGCCCUCAGACGCACGUGAAAGUUCAGCAUCAUCUGCAGCAUUAGCCGGGGAGCCAGAAACUCAAGCUGAGCAUCUCACAGCAGAAGCUCUGUGUCGCUCUGCAGCGCCUGAGGAAGAGCGUCCAGGGCCCAGAUCCACAGCUGUCCCUGCAUCGUCAUCACACGUCUUCAUCUUCCACUCCGAGUCGCAGGACAGACACCACAGCCAAACUCCAGAGGACACGCCCUCCAGGGACUCGGUAGAACAUGUGGAGGACUUGAUGACAAAGACCAAGAAAGAUCUGGUCCAGGUGACCAAGGCUCUGUGGAAAGCCAGUGGUGACCUCGCUAGGGCUCAGGCGUAUCUGCUAGACGGGUACGACUGUGAGAUUCACAGGCCUGUCUGGACCCAUCUGGACGAUGAGAUCCUCCUGUCGGCCGACCCACGUGAACUGGAGCAGCUUCAGUCCAAAUACGGAGAGGAGGAAGUGACCAGGAGAAGAGACUUCCUCACGCCUGGCAUCAACUGAGAGGAUUUGUUUCCUGAAACCAGCCGCUCAGCUAGAACUAGUUACAAUAAUACCGUUUUCACCCGGUUUUGUAUUCUCAGUUUGGGAAAAAUGAAGAUUUAUGUUGAUAAGUUUAUAAAAGAAUUUUGCUAAUCGUUACAUUGUUAAAUAUGUAUUAAAGUAUUUUUUCUAA